AUGAUCUUGACCUUUGACAUCCUGACCUUAAAAUCAAUAGGUUCUGGUGAAUCAAGUGUCCUGGUGAAGUGUGUAUCUCCACCACCUGACACCCUGGUACUUCAACCUGUACCUGUCACCUGUCACCCUGGUACCGUCACUACCUGGCACCUGUCACCCUGGUACCUGUCACCUGGCACCUGUCACCACCCUCACCCGUGGUACCUGUCACCCUGGUACCCGUCACCCUGGCCCGUCACCCUGGCACCUGUCACCCUGGUACCUGUCACCCCUGGUACCUGUCACCUUUGGUACCCGUCACCCCUGGCACCUGUCACCUGGUACUCUGUCACCCUGGUACCUGUCACCCUGGUACCCGGGUCACCCUGGUACCUGUCACCCUGGUACCUGUCACCCUGGUACCUGUCACUGGCACCUGUCACCCUGGUACUUGUCACCCUGGUACCUGUCACCCUGGUACCUGUCACCCUGGUACCUGUCACCCUGGUACCUGUCACCCUGGUACCUGUCACUUUGGCACCUGUCACUCUUGUACUUAAGCCACCUGUCAUCCUGGUACUUAAGCCACCUGUCACUCUGGCAACCUGCAACCUGCCCUCCCUUCAGCCUGCAACCUGCCCUCCUUCAGCAUGUAACCUGCCCUCUUCAGCCUCCAACCUGCACUCCUUCAGCCUGCAACCUUCCCUCCUUCGGCCUACAACCUGCUGCCUUCAGCCUACAACCUGCCCCUCCUUCAGCCUACAACCUGCACCCACCUUCAGCUUGCAACCUGCCCUCCUUCCAGCAACCUUCCCUCAUCUGGCAACCUGCCCUCCCAACCUGCAUUCUUUCAGCCUGCAACCACCCUCCUUCAGCCAUACCAACCUGCCUCCUUCAGCCAACAACCUGCCCUCCUUCAACAGCCUCCAACCUGCCUCCUUCAGCCUGCAAGCUUCUUCCACUCCUUCGACCUACAACCUGCCCUCCUUCAUUCAAACCCUGCCCUCCCUUCAGCCUGCAACCUGCCUCCUUCAGCCGCCACCGCCUUCCCUCUUCAACCUGCCCUCCUUUAACCUGCAUUCUUUCAGCUGCAACCUGCCCUUCUUCAGCCUGCAACCUGCCACUCCUUCAGCCUGCAACCUGCCCUCCUUCAGCCAACAACCUGCCCUCCUUCAGCCUCCAACCUUGCACUCCUUCAGCCUGCAACCUUCCUACUGA